AUGUCAAUGACGGUCGAAAGUGAUGAAGAAGAUGACAGUCCAAAUGUGGACAUCGGAUCAGUCAUUUAUGGUGAUCAGUUUGACGGAGCAUGCUGUGCCAAUCGUCGGCGCAAGCUGUGGCUACUAAUGGAAGACCCGAGUUCCAGCACUGGCGCUAAGGUGAGACAGUUGCUUAAAGUUGGAUUUAAUAUCCUGGCCGGUACACAAAAAUGGCUUAAAGUGCUUUAUUCCGUGUACAGGCGCAUCUGUGAUGAAGACGAUGAAUUGGCGGAGGUCACUCCUGAGGCGGUGCCCGAUGAAGUACGUGAAUGGCUGGCGGCAACUUUCACCAGGCAGUCAGUCGCAACAAAGCGAGAGAAGCCGAAAUUCAAAUCUGUGGCCAAUGCAAUACGUACAGGGAUCUUCUUCGACAAGAUGUUUCGUAAGACGCAAAUAUCACUUGCUCCACUCCCGCCUGAAAUUGCUACCUUGAUGAAGUUAGUUUUCGUUUACUGGUUUUGUAGGCGCAUCUGUGAUGAAGACGAUGAAUUGGCGGAGGUCACUCCUGAGGCGGUGCCCGAUGAAGUACGUGAAUGGCUGGCGGCAACUUUCACCAGGCAGUCAGUCGCAACAAAGCGAGAGAAGCCGAAAUUCAAAUCUGUGGCCAAUGCAAUACGUACAGGGAUCUUCUUCGACAAGUGA